AUAACAUAUUAUCAGCUGGUUGGAAAGGAUCAGUCUGGAUAGGGCUGUAUAACAACAUAUGGGAGUGGUCUCUGGGACACAAAGAGUUAGAGGGGGAGGGGUUUUGGGAUUAUCAUCAACCAAAUGAUGAUGACAAAACGUUCUGUGUGUAUAUGAUGCUAAAUUCUUCUUGGCAAAAUUACGACUGUAGCAAAACUUUUUAUUUUGUCUGCUAUAAUAAAGAUGUGACCAAUAAGUACUUUCUCAUUGAGGACUCAAAGUCUUGGAGUGAGGCUCAGGACUACUGUCAGAAACACCACACGGACCUGGCCAGUGUGAGGAACACAACAGAGAUGGAGGCAGUAAAGAGUAUCUUCCCUAACGUCACUGGUAUCUACAGAGUGUGGAUUGGCCUGAAGAAAUCUCCUGGUGUCUCAAGGUGGUCUGACCAGAGUGGAUUCUCUUCCAAGAGCUUGGAAACAUUCAAGGCGAACAAGGCAGAUGGGAGCUAUCAGAACGGAGAGUUCUGUGGUGUUGUUACUUUCCCUUCUGGAAACUGGAAGUAUCAGGGAUGUACCACCAACUCUCAUUUUAUCUGCUAUGACGAUGAACUGGUCCUGGUCUCAGAGAACAAGACGUGGUCAGAAGCCCUGUGGCACUGCAGAGUCCAGAACAUGGAGCUGGUGUCUGCCCACAACCAGAACAUCCAGCACUGGGUUCAACAGAAAGCCAAGAAGGCCUCCACUCCCUUCGUCUGGCUGGGCCUGAGGUACACCUGCACCCAUGACUUCUGGUUCUGGGUCAAUGGAGAAGAGUCCUGCUACCACAACUGGGCUGACGGGGAGGGCUACAACACCACGAAGGAGCAGUGUGGGAACACGGGGGCCAUACAGAGAGACGGGGGACAGUGGGUCGGCAAGUCUGAGACUGAGAGAUUCAACUUCAUCUGCAGCAACAGUACUGAUUACUAGGACCAGACCCUGCUCUGUAGACCAGCUGAACCCUACAGUACAGAAUGUUCCAGAGCCUGUUCUGUAGACCAGCUGAACCCUACAGCCCAACCCAUUGUUCCAGACCCUUCUCUGUAGACCAGCUGAACCCUACAGCCCAACACAUUGUUCCAGACCCUGCUCUGUAGACCAGCUGAACCCUACAGCCCAACACAUUGUUCCAGACCCUGCUCUGUAGACCAGUUGAACCCUACAGCCCAACACAUUGUUCCAGACCCUGCUCUGUAGACCAGCUGAACCCUACAGCCCAACACAUUGUUCCAGACCCUGCUCUGUAGACCAGCUGAACCCUACAGCCCAACACAUUGUUCCAGACCCUGCUCUGUAGACCAGCUGAACCCUACAGCCCAACACAUUGUUCCAGACCCUGCUCUGUAGACCAGUUGAACCCUACAGCCCAACACAUUGUUCCAGACCCUGCUCUGUAGACCAGCUGAACCCUACAGCCCAACACAUUGUUCCAGACCCUGCUCUGUAGACCAGCUGAACCCUACAGUCCAGAAUGUUCCAGAUGUACUCAGAUGUACAUCAUACAAGGUGACGGAUACUCAUUAUUUUAAAUAAAUAUUUGUAUUUGUUUACAGUGAGCUCCAAAAGUAUUGGGACAGUAACAAAUGUUUAGUAGUUUUGGCUCUGUACUCCAACAUUUUCAUUGCAUCCUAGGAAUAUGGGACCAAAUACUUAGCGUUUGACUAUUUUAGUACAUAUUGAAGUGAAUUUGUCCCAAUACUUUUGGUCCACUAAAAUGGGGACUAUGUUCAAAAAGUGCUGUCAUUUCUAAACGAUUAACCCGAUAUGGAUGAAAUUACUGACUGUCUGGAAAUAAAACAUAGAGCUAUGUAGAGCUCACUGGAACUAAAACAUAGAGCUAUUUAGAGCUCACUGGAAAUAAAACAUAGAGCUAUAUAGAGCUCACUGGAAAUAAAACAUAGAGCUAUGUAGAGCUCACUGGAACUAAAACAUAGAGCUAUUUAGAGCUCACUGGAAAUAAAACAUAGAGCUAUGUAGAGCUCACUGGAACUAAAACAUAGAGCUAUUUAGAGCUCACUGGAAAUAAAACAUAGAGCUAUGUAGAGCUCACUGGAACUAAAACAUAGAGCUACAUAGAACUCACUGGAAAUAAAAAAUAGAACUCACUGGAAAUAAAACAUAGAGCUACAUAUAACUCACUGGAAAUAAAACAUAGAACUCACUGGAAAUAAAACAUAGCGCUACAUAGAACUCACUGGAAAUAAAACAUAGAACUCACUGGAAAUAAAACAUAGAGCUACAUAGAGCUCACUGGAAAUAAAACAUAGAGCUACAUAGAGCUCACUGGAAAUAAAACAUAGAGCUACAUAGAGCUCACUGGAAAUAAAACAUAGAGCUACAUAGAGCUCACUGGAAAUAAAACAUAGAGCUACAUAGAACUCACUGGAAAUAGAACAUAGAGCUACAUAGAGCUCACUGGAAAUAAAACAUAGAGCUACAUAGAACUCACUGGAAAUAAAAUGUAUAGCUACGUAGAGCUCCCUGGAAAUAAAACAUAGAGCUACAUAGAACUCUCUGGCAAUAAAACAUAGAACUCACUGGAAAUAAAACAUAGAGCUACGUAGAGCUCUCUGGAAAAUAAAAAGAGUUACAUAGAGAUCACUGGAAAUAAAACAUAGAGCUACGUAGAGCUCUCUGGAACUAAAACAUAGAGCUAUGUAGAGCUCACUGGAACUAAAACAUAGAGCUACAUAGAACUCACUGGAAAUAAAACAUAGAACUCACUGGAAAUAAACCAUAGAACUCACUGGAAAUAAAACAUAGAGCUACAUAGAACUCACUGGAAAUAAAACAUAGAGCUACAUAGAGCUCUCUGGAUAUAAAACAUAGAGCUACAUAGAGCUCUCUGGAUAUAAAACAUAGAACUACAUAGAGCUCUCUGGAUAUAAAACAUAGAGCUACAUAGAACUCACUGGAAAUAAAAUGUAUAGCUACGUUGAGCUCACUAGACAUACAACAUAGAGCUACGUAAAGCUCCCUGGAAAUAAAACAUAGAGCUACAUAGAACUCUCUGGAAAUAAAACAUAGAGCUACGUAGAGCUCACUGGAAAUAAAACGUAGAGCUACAUAGAACUCACUGGAAAUAAAAUGUAUAGCUACGUAGAGCUCACUGGAAAUAAAACAUAGAGCUACAUAGAACUCACUGGAAAUAAAACAUAGAGCUACAUAGAACUCUCUGGAAAUAAAACAUAGAGCUACGUAGAGCUCUCUGGAAAAUAAACAGAGUUACAUAGAGCUCUCUGGAUAUAAACCUUAGAGCUACAUAGACCUCACUGGAUAUAAAACAUAGAGCUACAUAGAGCUCUCUGGAUAUAAACCUUAGAGCUACAUAGAGCUCUCUGGAUAUAAAACAUAGAGCUACAUAGACCUCUCUGGAUAUAAACCUUAGAGCUACAUAGAGCUCUCUGGAUAUAAAACAUAGAGCUACAUAGACCUCACUGGAUAUAAACCAUAGAGCUACAUAGAGCUCUCUGGAUAUAAACCUUAGAGCUACAUAGAGUUCACUGGAUAUAAACCAUAGAGCUACAUAGAGCUCUCUGGAUAUAAACCAUAGAGCUACAUAUAGCUCUCUGGAUAUAAACCAUAGAGCUACAUAGAGCUCUCUGGAUAUAAAACAUA